AUGGAGAGCGCUUGCAGGGAGAUCCGCCACUCGCUGGGCGACCUCCGCCGCCUCUCCGCCGCCGUGGCCUUCCUCUCCGCCGGCGAAAGGAGACAGAUCAGGGAGCUGUACGCCGCCACGUACAAGGAGGACCUCGUCGAGCGUCUCCACAGAGACCACUCCUCCGACCCAGAGAACGAGGUAAGUCAUCGGAGACCUUCCUCCUCCGCCGUCGCCGCCUCUCACGCCGGCCAAUCCUCCUGCAGCUGCUGCUCACGGCGCUGUGCCUGUGGAUGAUGGACCCGAUCGAGCGGGACGCCGUAGUAGCGAGGAAGGCCAUCAACGGUGAGGACGCGCAGUUCAGAGCCCUCGUGGAGAUCUACACCUCCCGCAAGUCCAGCCAGCUCUUCUACAUCAACCGCGCCUACCAAGCAAGGUUCAAGAGAAGCCUCGACCAGGACAUCCUCUCCCGCCUUCCCCAACCCUACCAGAAGGCAAGCUCUACUUCUCUCCACACAUAGAUAGAUAGUAUUGUGAGGAUACGUCCUCUGCGACUAGUGCGGUUGCUGACGAGAGGGCGGCGCCGCCGCCACAGAUUCUGGCGGCGCUAGCGGCGUCCCACCGGUCGCACCGCGCGGAGCCGAGCCAGGAGAUCGCCAGGAGCGACGCUAAGAGGCUGUUUGAAGCGGGGAAGGGCGGAGCGGAGCCCGUUGACGAGGUCCUCCAGCUCGAGCUGCUCAGCAAGAGGAGCCUCCCUCAGCUCCGCCUGACUUUCUCCGUCUACAAGCAGAUCUACGGUCUCGGCUACAACCAGGUGAGGAAUCCCACCUUCAACCCCGCCGCCGUCUCAGCCCUCUGACCUGCGCCGCCGCCGCAGUCCCUGAAGAAGAGCCCACCAGGGGAGUUCCAGGAAUCGCUGAGAACCGUCCUCAAAUGUCUCUGCGAUCCUCACCUAUACUUCGCCACGGUCAGCACAGCCUCGGCCAAUCUUCUUCCCUCUGGUUUCAUGGCGGCGCCGCCACUCACUCUCUGCGCUUCCAGGUGCUGCACGCGUGCAUGAAGGGGACGAUCCCCGACAUGAGCGCUCUCCCGCGGGUGAUGGCGAGCAGGGCGGAGGUGGACAUGGCGGCGGUCGAGGGCGCCUUCGAGGGGAAGUACGGCCUCAAGCUCCCCGCGGCAAUACAGGUCAACGUCCGCCAUGAAGGUCUGAGGAGCUUCCUCCUGGCCCUGACGACGAGGACGACGACAACUUCUUAA